AUGCCGGAUGUCGCCAUGGCCGCUAGCCCAAAGACUCCUACGGCGAGGAAGGGCCCUGUAACGUCGUCUCCAAACUCAAAGGGUUCUGCCAAAUCUCAACAGCAGCGGAAAGUGUCUCUUUCUCAAGCUGCGACAAAGACACAGCAGCAGCGCAAGAAUUCGGAUACUCAAAGUUCGCCAAAAUUCGUUGUUCAACAGCGGCGCAAAAGCCCAGCUAUGGAGGGUGCAAUCGUGGUGAGCGACAAGAGGAAGAUCGAGGCUAAAGAAGAGUCGCCAACGAAGAUGGACCUCCAGGGUAAGGCUGAGGGAGCGGUUCCAAGCGCCGCUCAGCUAGACGCCAAACUCGAGUUGCUGCCCAAGAAGCAAAGGAUUGAAGAGAUGAAGACAGAGUCCACCCAAAAUCCCCCAUCCACUUUCCUACUAAACCUACCUGCCACUACACUAAACCCGCGACGGCCAACCAUCUCCCAAACAACCCAACUAUGCAACGAUCUCCUCCAUCACGUCCUCCAAGUCAACCCAUCUCUCCUCCUCUCCUCCUCUCCCUUCUCCACUAUAGCCUCUACCCACAUAGACGCCAUCGCACACACAAUGUGGCAAGUCGCUUUUGAGUACGGUAACACACUCCAACGCGCCUGUCGAUACAGCGCCAUGUUCUCGCCACUGAAGUUGGCGGCGUUGGCGAAACUGAACUUCUUGCCUAGUUGGUGGCUUUUUAGGCAGGGGGUUGUUAACGAGUUGCCGGGGUUGAUUGGAGAAGGUACGAUAAAUGAUGAGGAGAUGCAGAGGGCUUGGAACGAGGCUGUGAAGUGGUGUGCUGAGGUCAUUGCCGAUAGGGCUAAAUAUGAAAGGGAUAGUGGCGGAGGCGGACAAGGUGGAGCGUGA